GGAAUUUUCUAAGUCUUAUAUACAUCUCCGUUCCCAUUCUUCUUUUUGCUCACUAACUGAACUUCACUUCAACCCUUUCCAUGGAAUCAAGACACUUUGUUCGCUUCCUCCUUCUCUUCCUCGGCAUAGUCACUCUUUUAGUCAUCACAUGGAUCAACCUCCCUUACGCCCCACCCAACGCCACUGAGAUUUUCGACUGCAAUUCUUUUUCUUCAUGGUGCACCUCCAAGAAUCGUUUCCAACCAAAAAAAAUCAUCAAUCCCCUCAAACAACUCACUAAACCCACCCGCCACCUUGCCUCUCACACCCCUCAGCACCCUCUUGACCCCCUCACCAUCCAAGAAAUCAACCACGUCCGUACGAUCCUCUCCUCCCACCCCCUUUUCAAGUUCUCCUCCCCCUACGCUUUCCACUCCGUCUCCUUGGAAGAACCUGACAAACCACUUGUCCUCAACUGGAAACGAGGUGACUCACUAUUACCAAGAAAAGCCUCGGUGAUUGCACGUGUCAACAACAAAUCAUACGUGUUAACAGUCGACUUAUCUACUGAACAGGUUAGUCUGCACAGCAGAGUUCCCCUCUCCGGUUAUCCCACCAUGACAGUUGAAGACAUGACGUCAUCGACAUGGGCUCCUCUCGCGAACGCCACGUUUAACCGCACGAUCCUUGAACGUGGUGUUGAUCUGAAGGACUUGGCUUGUCUUCCGAUAUCGUUAGGUUGGUUCGGAAAAGCAGAGGAGAACAGGAGGUUGAUUAAGGUACAGUGUUACUCGAUGAAGGACACCGCAAAUUUUUACAUGCGACCGAUUGAAGGUUUGACUGUGCUUCUUGACAUGGACACAAAGCAAGUGGUGGAAAUUUCAGAUAAGGGGAGGACCAUUCCAAUACCAAAGGCCGCCAACACAGAUUAUAGAUUUUCUGCCCAGGAGUUACAUAAGCAAAUGAAUUUGAUAAACCCAAUAUCAAUAGAGCAACCAAAAGGUCCAAGUUUUGUUAUCGAAGAUGAACAUAUGGUUAAAUGGGCAAACUGGGAAUUUCAUUUGAAACCCGACGCGAGAGCUGGAGUUAUUGUUUCUCGGGCUCGGGUAAAGGACCCGAAUACAGGGGAAGUGAGGAACGUGAUGUACAAAGGGUUUUCUAGUGAAUUGUUUGUGCCGUACAUGGAUCCCACAGACGCAUGGUAUUUUAAGACGUAUAUGGAUGCGGGUGAAUACGGGUUCGGGUUACAGUCCAUGCCGCUUGACCCGCUUAAUGAUUGUCCACGGAACGCCUAUUAUAUGGAUGGUGUGUUUGCGGCAGCUGAUGGCACCCCGUACGUGCGAUCAAACAUGGUUUGCGUGUUUGAGAGGUACGCCGGUGAUAUUGGAUGGCGCCACUCUGAGAGUCCCAUCACGGGUAUGGAGAUUAGAGAAGUAAGGCCAAAGGUGACAUUAGUGGUUAGAAUGGCAGCAUCAGUCGCAAACUAUGAUUAUAUUGUUGAUUGGGAGUUCCAAACAGACGGACUAAUCAGAAUUAAGGUUGGACUAAGUGGGAUUUUGAUGGUGAAAGGCACUCCCUAUGAGAACAUGAACCAAGUGAGCGAGCAAGAAAAUCUCUUUGGCACCCUUUUGUCUGAAAAUGUUAUCGGUGUAAUCCAUGACCACUAUAUCACAUUUUACCUCGACAUGGACAUUGAUGAGUCUGAUAAUUCAUUUGUAAAGGUAAAUAUUCAGAGGCAAGACACGGCCCCUGGAAAGUCACCGAGGGCCAGUUAUUUAAAGGCUACAAGAAAUGUUGCUAAAACUGAGAAAGAUGCACAAAUUAAACUUAAACUAUAUGAUCCAGCUGAGUUCCAUGUGAUAAAUCCAACUAAAAAGACACGGGUGGGUAACCCGGUUGGGUAUAAGGUUGUUCCUGGUGGCACCGCGGCUAGCUUGCUUGAUCUUGAAGAUCCACCCCAGAAGCGAGGCGCAUUCACAAAUAACCAAAUAUGGGUCACUCCAUAUAAUCGAAGCGAGGAAUGGGCUGGUGGAUUGUUUGUUUACCAGAGCCAGGGUGAAGACACUCUUGCAGUAUGGUCUGACAGGGAUCGACCGAUUGAGAAUAAAGACAUUGUGGUCUGGUACACACUUGGAUUCCAUCACGUACCCUGCCAGGAGGAUUUUCCCAUUAUGCCAACUGUGUCUUCAAGCUUUGAUUUAAAGCCUGUGAAUUUCUUUGAGAGUAACCCUAUUCUCCGGAUCCCACCCAAUCUUGAGAAGGACCUUCCUGUAUGCAAGACUACUGCUUCAUCUUGACAACUUUUCUACUCUCCCUUUGUUGUACCGUAAUUUAUGUACAAAUUUUCGCUAGUAUAAAAGGGUGAUUCCCACAAAUAAAAUCAAUACCUGGAUCUUUUUAUUGAGGAUCUAUUCCAAGAA